UUCGUUUCUGAAGAAGAUCCCCAUACAUACUUAGUCAAAUAAAGUCAGUAAAACUAAAUCAACUUUACUGCACAUUUUCUUUCUUCAUUUUUUGGGAAACAAACACAUGGGGACCAACCAUUCAGGGGAUCUCUAAGCAGAAACUUCAGGUCUGUUUCUGUAUCACUCUUUCCCACUCCGGACUCUUCUCUCUCUGCGUUUUCUUCCCUUCACAGAAGAUCAAAUCUAAGCCACAAUCAUCCCUCGUUUCUGCAAAUUUCUGCUUCUGAAUCAACAACAAGAAGGAAGCCAUUGAUGGAGCAGAAACAUGAGCUUCAGAGGCAGCACAGUGGGAUUUGGAGAUCCUUGAGAGAUGGAGAGUUUGAAGAAGAAGAAGUUUGGGACGUUGUGAAUGAAAAACCACAGUAUAAUAACAAGAACAAUAAUAAAAACCAGAGUUCCGGAAUUUUCAAAACCGAACAGUCUCUUUCUUCUUCUUCUUCACCUUCACCUUCACCAUCUCCUCCUUCUCUUCCUCUUUCUGUUCCCAGGCCACUCCCUUCCGCAUCAAGAAUGAUCCCAAAAUCUAACAGUAGCAAGAAUAUUCAUACCAGCACUUAUAAUUCCACCAUUGAAGGCAAGGUUCUUCAGCAAUCAGCACCAGUGAACAUCCCAGACUGGUCCAAGAUCUAUAACAUCGAUAAGAACAACAACAAGAAGAAGAAUCAGAACAAGACCCUCAACAAGAGGGAUUCAAGGCUUCAAGAUUAUGAUUUUGAGGAUGCUGAUGAAGAUGGUGGUGACAGUGAAGAAGUAAUCAAGUAUGGUGGAAACUUUAAUGAAGAAGAAGAUGAUGAAGAUGAAGAUGAUGAGUAUGAUGUGAAGUUACCACCACAUGAGUUUAUUGCAAGGAGGCUUGCAAGGACUCAGAUUUCUUCAUUCUCUGUGUUUGAAGGAGUUGGAAGGACUCUCAAAGGUAGGGAUCUGAGCAAAGUGAGGAAUGCUGUUCUUACAAAGACUGGUUUUCUUGAAUCACUUUGAAUUGAAUAUAUUAUUAAUUAUUAAUUGGAGAGUCUUGAAGAAGAAAUUGUGUGAUGUAUAGUUUGUGGUUUCAGUGUGUAGUUUCAGUGUUUGCUGCUUUAGCAAUUCAUGGACAUUUCUGUGUUCAUGGCUGUGUUAGUGAAAAUAAUAAGCAUUCAAAUUA